CCGUUCGGGGCCAAGCCCUUGGCCUUCUGGAGCAAGUUCGACGUGGCCGACUGGCUCGAGUCCCUCAACCUGGGCGAGCACCGCGCGCGCUUCCUGCACAACGAGAUCGACGGCUCGCACCUGCCCGCGCUCACCAAGGAGGACUACAUCGACCUGGGGGUCACCCGCGUGGGCCACCGCAUGAACAUCGACCGCGCCCUGCGCCUCUUCCUCCAGAGCGCGGGGACCCCCAAACCCGACAGCGCGGCACCUGCGGGGGCAUCUCCCGACCCCGAGAGCGCGGGGACCCCCAAACCCGACAGCGCGGCACCUGCGGGGGCAUCUCCCGACCCCGAGAGCGCGGCACGCGCGGGGACACCCCCCAACCCCGAAAUCGCGGCACCGGCGGGUACACCCCCAAACCCCGACCCCGAGAGCGCGGCACGCGCGGGGACACCCGCGGGAGCCCCCGACAACGCGGCAUCUGCGCGGGGAACCCCCGACCCCGACCCCGAGAGCGCGGCACACGCGGGGACACCUCCCGAGAGCGCGGCACACGCGGGGACACCUCCCCGGGGAGGAGGAGGAGGAGGAAGGGCGGGGGGAGCCGAGCGGCAACGCGGGGUCGUGGUGCGGGGCAGGGGCGGCGGCGGAGCAGGAGGAGGAGGAGGAGAGAGGGGGAAGGUGGCGGCGGCAGCGCCGUGGGACGUGGGUGCGCGGCGGGACCUGAGUCUGCAACGGGAGCUGAGUGUGCGGCGGGACAUGGACAUGGGUGUGCGGCGGGACCUGAGUCUUCAGCGGGACCUGAGUCUGCAACAGGACACGGGCACGGGUGUGCGGCGGGACCUGAGCGUGCGGCGGGAGCUGAGUGUGCAACAGGACAUGGACUUGGGUGUGCGGCGGGACCUGAGCUUGCAACGGGAGCUGAGCUUGCGACAGGACGCGGACCUGAGCGUGCAACGGGAGCUGAGUGUGCAUCGGGAUGUGGAUCUGGUCAUGGGACAAGACCUGAGCGUGCAACGGGACGUGGACGUGAGCACGGGACAGGAGCUGAGCGUGCGACCGGAGCUGAGCGAGCAACGGGACGUGGACACGAUGGUGCAAUGGGAGCCACACCUGCAACCGGAGCUGAGUGUGCAACAAGAGCUGAGUGUGCACCGGGACAUGGACCUGGGUGUGCACCGGGACGUGGAUCUGAUCAUGGGACAAGACCUGAGUGUGCAACGGGAGCUGAGGGUGCACCGGGACACGGGCACGGGUGUGCAAAGGCAGCUGAGCGUCCAGUGGGAGCCACACGUGGCACGGGACACGGGCACGAGUGUGCGGAGGAGAAUGAGCGAGCAACAGGAGCUGAGUGUGCAGCGGGACCUGCAACGGCAGCUGAGCGUGCAGUGGGAGCCACGUGUGCCACGGGACACGGACACGGGUGUGCCACAACAGCUGAGUGUGCAGUGGGAGCCACGUGUGCCACGGGACACGGACACGAGUGUGCAACGGGACCCGGGUGUGCAACGGGACCCGGGUGUGCAACGGGAUCAGGACGUGAGUGUGCAACAGGACGGGAAUGUACAACAGGACGGGAAUGUACAACAGGACGCGAAUGUACAGCGAGACACGGGCGUGCGACGGGACCCGGGGGUGCAACAGGACCUGAGUGUUCAACGGGACCCGGGGGUGCAACAGGACCUGAGCGUGCGCGGGGUCGUCCUGGGUGUGCAACAAGACCUGGACGAGCAACGGGAGCCGAGUGCGCACCAGGGACUGGACGUGCAGCGGGACCCGGGGGUGCAACAGGAGCCGGGGGUGCACCAGGAGCCGGGCCCGGCCGUGCCGGAGCCGCCGAGUGUUGCGGAGCCGCCGGGGGUGUGA